CCCAGCUGACUAUGGGCGAGAGGCGGCGUACACCCUGGGUUCAUAGUGUCACAGUGGGUAACAAGGAGGACAGCAGCUUUGAAGAGACACUUAUCCAGCAUCUGAAGGAGGAAACAAGCAUGGCAUUUGCAGGGAUAUUGAAAGAAGAGGACAUCGUUGCAGCAGUCCAGGCUUGUCAAGAUCCAGGCACAUUCUCUCAGAAGUCCUUCUUUGAACACGUAGGGCUCCUUGGAAAAUCAAAUGUCGAUGGUCAGAAGGUAUUCAACGUCCUCGACCAAGACAAGAGUGGAUUUAUUGAGAAAGAAGAGCUCAAACUGUUUCUCCAGAACUUUGUGGCAGGAGCCAGAGAGCUGACAGACAUUGAGACCAAAGCUUUCCUGGCUGCUGGAGACCAUGACGGAGAUGGCAAAAUUGGGAUGCAAGAAUUCUGUGUGCUGCUAAACUGAAACUAUGAUAUAUCUACUGUACUGAUGCUGAGGACC